AUGGACGCCGCCCUGACUCGAUGGAUCCGGGUAGUCCAGGGAGCGAACUUCCACCUAGAGCUGCGGGACCUUCGUACCGGGAAAUCACUGGCGACCAGAAGCUCACUCAGGAAGUUGACUCCCAUGCUCGACGAUGAGGGGGUCCUGCGGGUUGGCGGGCGGCUGAAACACGCUGUUCUGGAUGCCGACCAGCGACACCCAGUCAUCCUACCACCGGAAUCUCACCUCACCUACCUGGUGAUCGAUGCCGCUCACAGACGCACCCUGCAUGGUGGAGUCCAGUCCACCGUGGGGAACAUCAGGGAACGGUUUUGGAUCCCACGCGCCCGUCAACUGGUACGAAGCCACAUACAUCGCUGCCUACCUUGCGUACGAUGGCGGGCGGCCACUCCGCAACCGAAGAUGGGAGAUCUGCCGAGGACGCGGGUCACACCAGGUCGACCCUUCCUUCACACCGGCGUGGACCUCGCUGGCCCAGUCUGGCUCAGGACGACGAAGGGCCGCGGUCACAAAGCCCACAAGGGCUUCCUGGUAAUCUUCGUAUGUUUCAGCACUCGCGCCGUCCACCUGGAGGUGACCAGCGACUACUCUGCCGAAGCCUUCCUCGCCGCCUUUCGCCGGUUCGUGUCGCGUCGAGGGAGAUGCACGGCCCUGUAUAGCGACUGCGGCACCAAUUUUGUAGGUGCGGAUCGACAACUUAGAGAGCUCUUCAGGGCAGCGAGCGGCGAAGUCCACGCCCUCGUUGGCCGCCUAGCAGACGAGGGAGUUCGGUGGGUCUUCAACCCACCGUCGGCUUCCCAUUUCGGCGGCCUGUGGGAGGCGGCUGUCAAGGCCGUCAAACAUCACCUGCGGCGCACCAUCGGAGAGGCUAAGCUCACCUUCGAGGAGCUGUCCACACUCCUCGCGGAGGUCGAAGCCUGCCUAAACUCAAGGCCCCUCGGGGCCUUGUCGGAUGAUCCAGACGACCUUGACGCCCUGACGCCGGGACACUUCCUGGUGGGAGGGCCUCUCCUCAGCAUCCCGGAGCCGUCCCUCUUGGACGCCCCUCCUAACCGUCUGAACCGGUGGCGACUUCUGCAGCAGAUGCGGGAUCACCUCUGGCAGCGAUGGACCCGCGAAUACCUGCAGGGACUCACACCACGGCCCAAGUGGUGGACCUCCCGGGGGAACCUCUGCAAAGGUCAGCUGUGCCUCAUCAAAGGAGAGAGCACCCCGCCGUGCCGGUGGCCGCUUGCCCGAGUUACGCGCUUCCACCCGGGCGAGGAUGGCCAAGUGCGCGUGGUGGACGUCCGCACCACCGUCGGUGAACUGACCCGGCCAGUGGUCAAGCUGGUCCCACUGCCGACGGUAGCCGCCGUGGAGUCCGGGACCCCCGCGUAA